UCAAUAUAUAAUACCACUCACAAAUCAUAACCAUCUCAUUUUCUUAAACUCUACAUUAUAUACAAAGAGAUAUAGAGAGAGGAUGAAGAUUCCAUUUAUUAUACUCACACUUCUACAAAUGCAUGAGAUAACACAGCUCAAGGAGCAAACCCUAAUCGAAACCGUAUGCUCAAACACCCCAAAUUACGACCUCUGCGUCGCCACGCUCCGCGAUUUCCCGCUCAGCGCCACCGCCGACGUGGCAGGGCUCGGGCUGAUUCUGGUCGACGCCGUCAAGUCCAAGGCGGAGGCGGCUAUGUCGGCCGUCGAGGAGCUGAGGCGGCGCCGCGAUCCGGAGAUGAGGAAGGCGCUGGACCAGUGCUGGAUCUCGUACAAGGCGGUGAUCGCCGCCGACGUUCCCGAAGCGGUGGCGGCGCUGACGAAAGGCGUGCCGAAAUUCGCCGAGUUCGGGAUGAGCGACGCCGCGUGGGAGGCCGAGAUUUGCGAGGGCAGCUUCGGGAAUACGGCGGCGGCGACGCCGCUUAGCGCCGUGAAUAAGGAGGUUCAUGACUUAGCUGAGGUGGCAGUUGGUGUUAUUAGAAUUUUGCUCUAAGAGUUUUUUUUUAUUCUUUUGCUUUUUUAAAAUCAUGUACAUAUGAUAAUGAUAAAUAUGUACUAGUAUUGUUUAUAUAUAUAUAUAUAUGUUUAUUUUGAUAUUACUAUA